CAUUGUUUUCUAACCUUACUUUUCUUCCGCAAAGGUAAAUUGGAUUAAGCAGAAAUAUUUUUAAAGUUUUGAGGCAAAAACCAGAGGCAAAUAGUAAAGUUACAAUAGAAAAUGGUGAAAGAAGUUGCUGCUGGAUUCUGUAUCUUUCGUAGGUUGAGCAAUCAAAUUGAAUAUUUGUUGUUACAAGCAUCCUACGGAACAAGGCACUGGACACCUCCAAAAGGGCAUUUGGAGGAUGGUGAAACAGAGUUUGAGGCAGCUCUGAGAGAAACCAAAGAGGAAGCUGGGUAUUCCGAGAAGGAUCUAAAGAUUUACAAAGACUAUUCCCAUGAGAUGCACUAUCCUGUGAAGGGACAGGACAAGAGAGUGAUCUACUGGCUGGCCGAAUUGGAGAAUCCGAAUAAAGAGCCAGAACUCUCCGAUGAGCACGUCUCCAGGAAGUGGCUCCCAAAAGAUGAGGCAAUUGCCCUGUCGGGAUUCCCAAACUUCGAAGAGAUGUGCAAAAAGUUCCACGAGAUCAUCCUCAAUAAACUCAGCUAAGUAACAUAAUUUCAUGUAUAUUUGUUUGAAUAUAUUGCAAAUGAAUACAUGACCAUA